UUCACCUAAUGUAUAUUUUCUAUAGCUACUGUAAAUCACUGUGUCGUUUUAUUUGUGUUGUGUUAUUAUUUUACUAUUGUAGAUUCUGCUGUUUUGUAAAUGCAUUUAGAGAUUAAGGUUCAUAUAAAAGUCACUUUGUAGUUGCACACAAGUCAAUAAAGUCGCUGUCGAAAAUAUUCUGUUCUACCUAAAUGAGUUCGAUUCAUGCAGUAUACAAGCGCGGUUUAUAGCGUUAUUUGGCACCUCAGUCGCAGUUGCGAACAGCGCGAUUAAUUACUUCGAUGGCAGCGCGCGACAUCUGAGUGGGAAUUUAGUGAAUAUCCGAGGGAUAUCCCAGCAUUAUUUUUCUCCACAUGGUUAUGUCUACGGUGGGAGCUGUUAAGGUAGGUUAACUCGCUGUGAAGUCUCAGCUAAAGCAGAGAACUGAUGACGUUAGGUUGAAUGACCAAUCGGAAGGCGCUGCCCUUUGAAGACAAACCAUUUUACUUGUAGUGGCUGCAUCAAGUCUGGAAGCAAGGACUCAAAUUUAACAGAAUCCACCUUAAAAUCUCUGCCUUUACUCAAGCCCACCUUCCACCAUACUGCGUGAGAAUUACAGGACAAAAAAAGGAUACAUUUUUGAGAUAAUAACGCAAUACCUCCUAACCAAGGAGAGAAAGAAACGAACACAACGAAAGGACUCAUUUGGACUUCAGAGAUAGUGCUCUCAAAGCAGAAAAUUUGAUGAUGACCAUGACUGCGAUGGCUGACGGUCUGGAGGCUCAAGACUCGUCAAAAUCUGCUUUCAUGGAGUUUGGACAGCAAUCGCACUCACAACAGAGCUCCCCUUCGAUGGCCGCCAGCCAUUAUCCGCUCCACUGUCUCCAUUCCGGAUCUCAUCAUCAUCAUCAGCACGACAGCUCUCCGUACUCCGGCUCGAACUCCUAUAACAGGUCGCUACCUUACUCCUAUGUAAGCCAUCCCCACCACAGUCCAUACCUGCCGUCCUACCACAGUAACGCCAGCGGAACACAGACCAGGUUAGACGCCACAGAACAGCAGAAAACGACAGUGAUUGAAAAUGGAGAAAUACGUUUCAACGGAAAAGGCAAAAAGAUCAGAAAACCGAGGACGAUUUAUUCCAGUUUGCAGCUCCAGGCACUAAAUCACCGUUUCCAGCAGACUCAGUACCUGGCGCUACCAGAGCGCGCGGAGCUGGCUGCCUCUCUCGGGCUCACACAGACACAGGUAAAGAUAUGGUUUCAAAACAAAAGGUCCAAGUUCAAGAAGUUGUUGAAACAAGGCGGUAACCCUCAUGAGUGUGACCCUUUGCCCGGCUCCAUCGCCCUGUCCCCGCGCUCUCCAGCCAUUCCUCCUAUCUGGGACGUCUCAGCCUCCUCUAAAGGAGUAAACAUGUCUGCUAACAGCUACAUGCCCGGUUACUCACACUGGUACUCGUCGCCUCAUCAGGACGCCAUGCAGAGAUAAACAACUAGCCCUUUUUUAGGCCAGAGGCCUUGUUGUUGACAUCCUGUCUUCGCCCAGUUUACAUGCGCUAGGACGCACAGUGUCAUCGGUUUAACAUCCUUAAUAGAGACAUGUUGUAGCCUAUUAAGGGGACUAUUUCUUUUGGAGAAUGAAGACAUCUGAUGUGGCGAAGGUCGACAAUGGAACUAACUGUCAGUAGCAUCAUAAACGGAUUUAUUAAAAAUCUGUUCUUACGUUUGACUGUAAUCAAACACACUCAUCGCAAACGUGAAAUUGGAACAGGAAGCGAAACGUUGUCAUAUCUCACGCGCUUGAGUCGCAUUUGAAAACGAACUCAAACCUCUUGCAUAAGAUGUUUCUGGUCAUGCAAAUAUCUGAUUGUAAAUAUAUUGUCCGAUUUUAGUUGUCAAAAACUUUUUAUGUUUUGUCAUAAAUGGAGUAAACAUGACUUCAAGCUA